GCUAAGUAUUGUGGAAUGCUGCCCUUUCAACUCAUCUAUAAAGUUGAAAGAUGGCUUGCAUUCUUCCUUGCAAAUAUUAUAUCCAAAUCCUUGGAUUGUGAUGUAUGGUGAAGCUACAAGUAUAAUUACAAACAAAUUGAUGGAGCUGUCACGGGCGGUGGAGAGGAUGAAAAGAGAGCUCUUCUCUUCGUCGGCCGACCUCUUCGCCCUUUUGCCCGUCUCUGCAUAUGAGACAGCUUGGGUUGCUAUGGUGCCUGACCCAAAUGACCCAACACGCCCGAUGUUCCCGCAGUGUUUGGACUGGGUUCUGCGUAGCCAGAAUGCACUCGGGUUUUGGUUUGAUGAUCAUGUGCAUGAGCAAUCCGGGCUUGAUUUUGAUCAUCAAGAGCUUAAAAAUUAUAAGCAUCAAUGGAGCAUUGCUGAUUUUAUGGCUACCCUUGCCUGCUUAAUUGCUCUUAGGACUUGGGAGAUUGAUCAUUUCUCUCACAAAAUAUAUAAAGGGCUUCAAUUUCUUAGAGAGAACAUGGAGGAGUUGAGGAAGAUGGGAAAGAGCAAAGAGGAUGGUGAUGAAGCUGGGCUUCUUCAUAGGUGUUUUUUGAUGCUUGAGCUUGCAAAGGUCAAAGGCUUGAAAGUAUUUCCUUCAGCUCAACAUAUCAAAAAUGAACAUUUUAAUGAAUUUAAAUUGGAUGGAAGAGAGAUUAAAAAAAGAGAGGAGGAUGGUAUUGUGGAGAGAAUUGUUAUGAGGGAGAUUGCUUUUGAAAACAGUGGCUCCGAAAUCUUUCAAUCGCCAUCGGCAACUGCUUGUGCUUUCAUGAUUAGCGGAAAACAAACAUACAAAACUUACCUUCAAAAUUUACUUGUAGAUUGCCAGCUCGGAGUUCCUCCCAUAUACAUGAUGGACAAAGAUGUGAUAAAGCUCUGUCUGGUUGAUCACUUGGAGAGGCUUGGAUGUGCAGAGCAUUUCACCGAAGAUAUUAAGAAUGUGAUAGAUAUACAAUACAAAAAAUGGAUCGUAGAAGAAUUACAAGCCCCAAAUAAAAAUAAUGUUGCAUUUCAACUGUAUAAAGACUCCUUAGCCUUUCGACUCUUAAGGAUGAAAGGCUAUCAAGUUUCUCCAUGGAGGUUUUGUUGGUUCAUUGACGAUGAAGAGAUUUUGUCUCAUAUGAAGGAUAAUCAUGCCUUUUUUUUAGGCCCUAUGCUUAGCAUUUACAAAGCAUCAAAUAUUGCUUUUCCAGACGAUCAUAAACUUGACAAAGCUGGAGAGUUUGCUCGACAAAUCUUGCAGAUGGGAAUCUUGAGCAUGAAAUUUAAAAAUGAAAAAAAGUUUUUAGCUACAUCAACUCUAAUACAACAAGAGAUUGAGCAUGAGUUGGGGCUUAAAUGGCUAGCUCGAAUGGAUCAUUUGGAGCAUAGGUUCUACAUUGAAAGAGGAGGGAUAUAUCUCUUUUGGAUUGGAAAUAAUUCUCCUUAUUGCAAGAUCUUACAAAAUGAUGACUUACUCCAACUUGCCAUUGAUAAUUUCACGACUAGACAAAUAGUAUACAAGAAAGAGCUUCACGAAUUGCAAAGGUGGUCUAAGAGCACUGGCCUCUCCGCUAUGGGAUUUGGUAGAGAGAAGACAUCAUACUGCUAUUUUGCCGUGGCUUCUUCAAUUUGCUUCCCCAUUAACAUAGAUUCAAGGAAGGAAGCAGCAAAAUGUGCAAUCUUGUUUACAAUUGCAGAUGAUUUUUUUGAUGAGAAAGCCUCACUUGAUGAACUAUUCAUUCUAACAGAUGCAUUACAAAGAUGGGAUGGAGAAUUUCUAACAGGCCAUAGCAAAGUUAUUUUUAUCGCCCUCGACAACUUAGUUCAUGAUAUUUCUCGAAAAUCUUUCCAGCGAUAUGGCUAUGAUGUGAAGAAAAUUCUUCAAGAUAAUGUGAGUUAUUCAUGACUUGUAUUCUACCAU